AUGGCGAGAAAGCCACCAAAUGGUAACGUUUUGGAAAAUGUCCCGUUGGGUUUUGAACAGCUGUUUAGGAGAACUUUACUAAUAUGUUGGUUUUAUCUGUUUUGGUCCUCAGGAUACGCUGAUGACUCGGACUUUGAAUUAUCAGAUGCACUGGAUGACUUUGUCCCGACGAAGAGACCUACUCACAAGCCGCCCAGGAAGACCUCAGGUGGCACAGGCGAACUCGAUCUGUUGGAUUACUUUGAUUCCCCGCCGGAGAGAACCACCAGGCCCGCAAAGGCCACCACUGGCCCUUAUCCAAGGAAACCAGAUGAUGGCCGCUGGAACAUCCCUCACACCACCACCACCAAGCAGCCUAAAACUACCAAGCCGCCCCCCAAAAAGGCUCCAGGGAAAGACCCCAUGGAUCUCGACUUAAGUGAUGCUUUGGAUGACCAAAAUGACAGGCACCCUGGGGGAGGACCACCUAAAGGAAAUCCUGGUGGAGGAGACAGUGACAAUGAUUACAAUAACGGUGCCCUGGUGGAAACCGGGACAAUUGCUGGCAUUGUCAGUGGCCUCGCCAUGGCCUUGAUUGGGGCUGUCAGCAGCUACAUUUCCUACCAGCAAAAGAAAUUCUGCUUUAGCAUACAACAGGGCCUGAAUGCCGAGUAUGUGAAAGGAGAAAACAUGGAAGCAGUGGUGACCGAAGAGCCACAAGUGAAAUACUCUGUCCUAGAACCACAGACAGCAGAAGCUCCACCGCCUCAAGAAAACGCAAAAGUCUGAAAUCUCAGCCCUCCGGCUUAAAAAAGAGAAAGAAAGAGAACCAAUUGUUGGCAAAUAAAACAAACAACAAAACACA